CAUUUAAUUUGUUGAGGGUUAUACUCUACUAUCAUGGCCAAAGAGACCCAAUCCUCCAUUUCAUUUAGAAAUAUCGAGGAAAGGAGAAAAAAAUUCAACUGAAGAAAAUUAGCAAUGUACUCAUAAUAAGAUUAAUUAGAAAACACCUUAUUUAUGAGGGAAGCAUUAAUAUAAGUGAUAUGAUUUUAGAUAAUCCUAAAAUAAGUAAUAAGAAUGCUGUAUUGCAAUAAUAAAUACAAAUGGAAAAUGAAUUUUAUAGUUAUUAUUUGGGAAGUGCAUAUGGAACUUUUGUCAUUAAAGCUUGGAUACCUACAAAUUUAUUUCAUAAAUUAAACCCAUAUGAUGAAUUGAAAUUUGGAUAAAGCCUAAGAGUGUAUAUUUUGAGAUUCCAAAAUUUUGAAAAGUAAAUUAAAUAAAAAAGGAUAAGAUAAUGCUGUUAAAAUUAAAAUGAUACUAAAGUCCAAUCAACUCAAGUAAACUUAAUCAUAGGUUCAACACAAACAACUAAUUCUUCAGUAAUUUUACAAUUAAGGAAUUAGAGAGAAUAAAAAAGCUAAAAAAACAUUUUGAAUGAGAAGCUGAAAAGAAAGUUUAAGGUAAAAUGGAGAGUUUAAGAAAUAUUAUAUUACUAUGAUCAAGACAGGUACAAAAAGCAAACCUUCACCUCUGAAAUUCUAGGGGAUGUGAAAUAGAAAAGAAUGAAUUAUGUCUAUAUAACGAAGUUUUAAUGA